AUGGGGAACAGUAAAAGUGGGGCGCUGUCCAAGGAGAUCCUGGAGGACCUGAAACUCAACACCAAGUACACGGAGGACGAGCUGUGCAAGUGGUACGAGAGCUUCCAGAAGCAGUGCCCGGACGGGCGCAUCAGCCGGGCCGAGUUCGAGAAGAUCUACGGCAACUUCUUCCCCAACUCGGACCCCAAGGUCUACGCCCGGCACGUCUUCCGCAGCUUCGACACCAACGACGACGGGACGCUGGACUUCCGGGAGUACAUCAUCGCCCUGCACCUCACCUCCUCCGGCAAGACCAACCUCAAGCUGGAGUGGGCCUUCUCCCUCUUCGACGUCGACCGCAACGGGGAGAUCAGCAAGAGCGAGGUGCUGGAGAUCAUCACGGCAAUAUUUAAGAUGAUUCCCCCUGAAGAGCAGAAAAUGCUGGCUGAGGACGAAAACACCCCCCAGAAACGAGCCGACAAGCUCUGGCACUACUUCAAAAAGGAGGAAAAUGACAAAAUCGCCGAGGGGGAGUUCAUCUCCGGGGUGAUGAAGAACGAAGCCAUCAUGAAGCUGAUCCAAUACGAACCCAAGAAAUAGGAAGGCCGAGGUCCCGGGCCGGGAAGGGAACAGCAACCUGGAGGGAG